GCGGCCGUUCGGAUUGGCUGCGGGCGGCCCGGCCCUGCGCCGCAGAGGGUGAAAGGGCGGUGACAGACAUGGCGGCGGCGCUGCGCCGGGGGGCCGCGGGCGGCCGUCGGGGGCUCUGGACGUUGCUCAGGUGUGAAACACUGUGUUCAAGAUGGUGCCUUAUAACUUCACAUAAACUGUAUUCAUCUGUGUAUGACCCAAAUGAAAAGACUUUUGAAAAACUUCUUAUUGCCAACAGAGGAGAGAUCGCAUGCCGAGUCAUCAAAACAUGUAAGAAGAUGGGGAUUAAAACAGUUGCCAUACACAGUGAUGUUGAUGCCAAUGCUGUUCAUGUGAAAAUGGCGGACGAAGCUGUCUGUGUUGGCCCAGCUCCCACCAGCAAAAGCUACCUCAACAUGGAUGCCAUCAUGGAAGUCAUUAAGAAAACCAGGGCCCAAGCUGUACACCCAGGAUAUGGAUUUCUUUCAGAAAAUAGAGAAUUUGCUAGACGUUUGGCAUCAGAAGGUGUCACCUUCAUUGGACCUGACACACAUGCCAUUCAAGCUAUGGGAGACAAGAUUGAAAGCAAAUUGUUAGCCAAGAAUGCAAAGGUCAAUACAAUCCCUGGCUUUGAUGGAGUAGUCAAGGAUGCAGAUGAAGCUGUCAGAAUUGCAAGGGAAAUUGGCUACCCUGUCAUGAUCAAGGCCUCAGCAGGUGGUGGUGGGAAAGGCAUGAGAAUCGCUUGGGAUGAUGAAGAGACCAGGGAAGGUUUUAGGUUUUCAUCUCAAGAAGCUGCUUCAAGUUUUGGCGAUGAUCGCUUACUGAUAGAAAAGUUCAUUGAUAACCCUCGUCACAUAGAAAUUCAGGUUUUGGCAGAUAAACAUGGUAAUACCUUGUGGUUGAAUGAAAGGGAGUGCUCCAUUCAAAGGAGAAACCAAAAAGUUGUGGAGGAAGCACCAAGCACUUUCCUAGACCCUGAAACUCGAAGAGCAAUGGGAGAGCAAGCAGUAGCUCUUGCCAAAGCAGUAAAAUAUUCCUCUGCUGGAACAGUAGAAUUCCUUGUGGACUCCAGUAAGAAUUUCUACUUCUUGGAAAUGAAUACUAGACUUCAGGUUGAACAUCCCGUCACAGAAUGCAUUACCGGCCUGGACUUAGUCCAGGAAAUGAUCCGUGUUGCUAAGGGUUACCCUCUCAGGCACAAACAGGCUGAUAUUCCCAUCAACGGCUGGGCGGUUGAAUGUCGAGUUUAUGCUGAGGACCCAUACAAAUCUUUUGGCCUGCCAUCCAUUGGUAAACUUUCUCAGUAUCAGGAGCCAUUGCAAGUGCCAAGUGUACGUGUUGACAGUGGCGUACAACAAGGAAGCGAUAUUAGCAUUUUUUAUGAUCCUAUGAUCUCAAAACUGAUUACCUAUGGCUCUAAUAGAGCUGAAGCAUUGAAAAGAAUGGAAGAGGCUUUGGACAAUUACGUAAUUCGAGGUGUAGCUCACAAUAUUUCUUUGCUGCGAGAAGUGAUCAUCCAUCCACGCUUUAUUCAAGGAGAAAUCAGCACUAAAUUCCUUCCUGAAGUCUAUCCUGAUGGUUUUAAAGGGCAUAAGUUGACAGAUCUCGAAAGAAGAGAACUCCUGGCAACAGCAGCAUCUUUGUAUGUGUCUGAACAACUGAGAUCACAGAAAUUUCUAGGGACUCCAAGAAUUCCUAUUGCCAAAUCAAAGAGAAGUAGCUGGGAGCUUUCUGUGCGUCUAGGAGAUGGAAUUUACCCAGCUGCAGUUUCAAAGGAUGGCUCAUCAUUUUCUGUGGAAGUUGAUGGGAUGAAACUAAAUGUGACCAGCGAGUGGAACCUGGCUUCACCCUUAUUGUCUGUCACCAUUGAUGGCACUCAGAGGACUAUACAGCGGCUUUCUCGGAAUGCUGCUGGAGAUAUAAGCAUUCAGUUUCUAGGCACAGUGUACAAAUUACAAAUACUGACGAAGGUUGCUGCAGAGAUGAGCAAGUACAUGCCAGAGAAAGCAGCAGAGGACACCUCCAGCAUUCUGAGAUCUCCCAUGCCUGGAGCAGUGGUGGCAGUUUCUGUCAAGCCUGGGGACAUGGUUUCAGAAGGUCAAGAGAUUUGUGUAAUUGAAGCAAUGAAAAUGCAGAACAGUAUGACCGCUGCUAAAACAGGCAAGGUGAAAGCUGUGCACUGCAAAGCUGGUGAUACCGUUGGAGAAGGAGAUCUGCUGGUGGAACUGGAAUGACGUGUUGCCUCCACAGUGUUGAAUUAGCUAAGCCUUUAUUAUUUUCACCCACAAAGUAAGAUUAAGAUAAUUCAACACAGAAAAUGGACAGUCCUACGCACAAGGUUUUAUACAUACAUAUUUAUUGAAUCAGUGGUUAAGACAGCAAACACAGAUGUUAAACCUUGGCAACAGAUCCCAGAUUUUUACUUCCAGAAAUACUUGUACAUAACCUUUGUAAUUCUUUGAUUUUUUCAGGAUCAGAUAAAAUCAAUAAAAUACCAUUUCUGCUUUAAAACAGGAAAAGCCUCUUUCUAAAAAAAGAAAA